GCAGAUUCUCCAUUUCUCUUGGCCCAUGCACCCUUGCGAAACAAUGGCCUACAUAAUGUUAUCAAUAAAUCCCACUCGCAAUAUUUCUCAUAACCCUGCCUGGAAACCGCAUAUAUCAUACAACUAAUUAAAACUCUUCUUAUCCUUUUCCUUGCUAAAGCGUUACCGGCGGUGCCGAAAUCCUUUGUACAGCUUCCCGAUCCAUGUUAGCUGAAGUCUCGAUUCAUACUUCAAACAAUGGUCGCACUGAUAUUUUGUUGAUCCCAUGGCACAAUAACCAUGGAAAUCAUAUCAUUCCUCACUCUUCUGGAGCCUGGCCGUUCCACAACGAGUCUUUGUCUUCUUAUUCUAUCACGAGAACAACCGUUGUUGCCUUUCACGCUUCCUCCAUACGAGCUAUCCGACAACGGAAAAGACGACGUAGUUUCUGCCUAUACCGAUUUUGUUUGGCCGGUAGUUCUCAGCAACAACAUGAUAUCAGUCAUCGCGCCGUUUGUUCAUCUACCAUCCUGCCAUCUCGUGGAAGACAUCAAUCCCGAAUGAUCUCUAUCUUGGGAACGUCCAAACGCCACCGCCAACGUCGUUGUCGCCGCUACAUUCAUGCUUCGUUUUGUAAACACCAUACAAAAUCUGCCAUGAAUAUGGACAUAGAGCGAAUUUUACAAGAAAAUCAAUAUUCAGCUCACGAACGAUCCUGCCAACCUUCAAGCGAGACCUUCUGUGGACCCAAGGCAAAUUCUCCGGGUAACUCCCCCCUAGCCAUGCCAAAAGAAGAUUGGUUACCGCCGAUCAAUCUUCAAACCUUAGACGGUCUUUCUGUCAAUCAUGUAUUUGCAAGCAUUCGACUGCGGCAUGACUUGAUGCUUGAUGAACAUCUAUUAUUACGUCCACGAAAUGAUCCCCAUUGUCAAGCUUAUUGGCAGCGGCUGGACCAUGCUAUUGAAGAAACGCGUCGCAGUCCCGUGAGCUACGAUAACCACCAACGCUAUGAUUUCCUCAAGGUCGUCUUCACCGAAUUAGCGGAUAUUAUUGUUUCACUUUUGCGGACACCAUCUCCUACUUCUCCUGAGUCCAUGGAGCAGCUCCGACGGCUGUGGCCUGCCGAUAUUACGCCUGAAAUCAUUUACGCGACCUUGGAUGUCGAUUUAAUUAUCCAAAACUUGGACCACGAUGAACACGACUUGUGGCUUCGCGUUCAUAUCCUGCUUAAGCUUUUCGAUGCGAUUUGCCCAAAAGGAGAAAAUUACCGCGUCCAUUACAUGAAAUUUUAUUUCGAACAAGGGCUCUAUGCAUGGGGGAUCCAUCAGUGUUUCAAAAUCGUGGAAAGCGUCAAAUUGGACUGUGCCACAAAAGCUCUGCACAUUUAUAGGCCUUUAUUGCUGAAAACCUGUCCCAAAUUUGAAUGGCAGUACUUUUUACAGCAAUUGCAGCACGACAGAAUCGACCUGAUGUCUGUUAUCCAAUGGCUGCAUGUGUCUCAUAAAAAAUACGGUGAAUCAAGCUUUCAUGAAAUGUAUUAUAAAGCGCUUGUGCACCUUGUAACCGAUGAAGGAAAAAGAACAGGAGAAAGCCCCACCGCACCGUCAAAUAUACCUUUUCCUGUUACUUUACAACACGAUGAACAUCGUAUAACUCACGAUUUUCGUCUGGAGUACCGUCAAAUCGUAAAUAUGGCGCUCUGGUUACUGCCUUACCGCAUGAUGGCUGGCCGAUAUGCGACAUCGAUGGACAUAUGCCGUCUUAGGGAUAAAUUUGCUCAUCUGUUCUGUCAUACUUUAUCACGCUGUGUAUUGGAUGGAGUCUCACUCGGUGCUUUUUAUCGACAAUUAUCCUUUUACAGCUGUCAUUUGGCGGUCAAUGCGCAUGAUCGUUAUCAGAGCCGAAGUCUCGAUAAGAAGCAAAUAGGUGUUAUGGAGAACUGGUGUUACUCUUGGCUGUCAAAGCACGAUCAAUCAUCAUCCCCGAUACAUCAACUGGUGGGAAAACGAGUCCAAAAAAUGCUGCAGGCUUAUUGUUGUCAAGAAACGAUACACAAUCCAAUGGCUGGCCUUGAAGUGGAUAUGAAUCAUCUUGGCAACAAAAUUCGUACCAUUGGAGAACUGAAUUUGCAUAUCUAUCAGAAUUUGUACCGAUGCAUCCUUCAGCGCAAUUGCAGCGGUUUGUAACUGUGAAUUCUGAAUGGUAAAUUACGUAUCAAUAAGUCAAUU